GUGAAGCACGGCAAGGAAAAAGUAGUUUACUCAUUUUACAGCCAGGAAAAUGGCGUAUCGCUCGUAAAAGGUGCUUAUCCACAAUACUUAAUAAAUCUCUGGGAGAACUUCGAUGAGGAAAAAGGUUCGGAAAAUGAUCACCCCAAAAUCUUUAAGGAACAACAACUAUUUGUUCUUUUGGAACUCAAGUUUGCAGGUGAAGAUCUGUCGACAUUUCGAUUUACGAACGCAGAACAAGCGUAUUAUGCUUUUUUGCAGAUAAUGACUACGUUGGCUGUUGGUGAAGUAGAAUAUAAGUUUGAGCAUCGAGACUUACAUUGGGGUAACAUACUUAUAAAGGCGGAAAGCAUAAAAAAAAUACCAUUUAAACUAAAUGGCAAGAUCCUGACGAUACCAUCGAAGGGAAUUAGAACUACCAUUAUUGAUUAUACUCUGUCAAGAAUAACAUUUGACCAAUUUUGUUACUAUAAUGAUCUCUCUAGUGAUGAGGAACUAUUCGAGGCAACUGGAGACGACCAAUACGAAAUAUAUCGCAAGAUGCGCCAGGAACUUAAAAACAAUUGGACAACGUUUGCGCCUAAAACUAAUGUACUAUGGCUGUCUUAUAUAAACAAAAAAAUGAUCGAUUGUGUGAAAUAUAAAAGUGUGAACACUAAAACUCAUAAAUUAUAUGUUGAAAAACUUAAAGCCCUACAAAGCAUUAUACUUACGUUCGAAAGUGCAGCUCAUGGCGUUAGUUAUGUGUUUGGUUACUAAUACUUAUAGAUUAAAUAAAGGUUUAUAAUAAAUAUUUAUAAUUUA